ACUUAGCCAUUUAAUGUCAUUGAAAAUGAGGAAAGAUCGUGUCCAACUUGAUAAUUUCAAAGUAAUGGUCAUCACAUUACCACAUGCUUCUAAGAAAAUGGCCUAGCUUCUUUCCCCAUUCUGCCAUUCCCACAAUACCAUUGGUCUUUCUUUUUCUUAUUGGAAAGAAUCAAAAGUUUGCUAAAUGGCAAUCCAAAUGAGCUUUUUCUAUGCUUUAAUAUUAUUUUUAAUUGUUCCCUCUUGUUCAGCUUCAUCAUUUGCUUGUAAGAACUAUAUGGACUGUCAGACACUACUCAAAUUCAAGAAAAGCAUAACAAGUGAUCCGGGUAGUCAUCUUCAAGCUUGGAACGAAGUCAAUCCCUUCUGUAACUGGACUGGAGUUACCUGCCACCGAAGACUCGAAAAUCGAGUUGUUGCUCUUGAACUCAUAGACAUGAAACUAGAAGGAAGAUUAUCACCACUCUUAUCCAAUCUUUCUCUUCUCACUACACUGUCACUACAAACCAAUAGAUUCUAUGGUGAAAUCCCAAGUUCAUUUGGAGAACUUUCAAAACUAGAAAGUCUUUAUCUGUUUGAGAAUUUGCUUCAUGGUAAUAUCCCAGCAUCACUACAAGGCUGUCAAAGCUUGGAAGUACUAGACUUGACAGACAACAAUCUAAGAGGGGUGAUUCCUAAGGAACUUGGGCAUAUAAAGGGCUUGACAUUCUUAGCUCUCUCCAUUAAUAGGCUCACAGGAUCCAUACCUUCAUUUUUAUCCAACUUGACAGAGUUGACAAGACUAGAAUUGAGUGGGAAUUACUUUUCAGGGAAAAUUCCAGCAGAGCUAGGUGCACUGAAAAAGUUAAAGAUUUUGUAUGCUCACGUUAACUAUUUUGAGGGAUCAAUACCUCCAGAGAUUAGCAACUGCACUUCUUUACUUGAAAUUUCACUGAAUUACAAUGGUUUAAGUGGAGAAAUACCUCCAGAAUUGGGUUCCAAGCUACCAAACUUACAGAAGUUGUACUUGGUAAAUAACAAGCUCUCUGGGAAAAUUCCAGUUACUCUCUCCAAUCUCUCUCAAUUGAUAUUGCUUGAUUUAAGUCUUAAUUACUUGGAGGGGGAAGUUCCUUUAGAACUUGGGGAGCUUUACAACCUUGAGAUUCUAUAUCUUCAUUCUAACAACCUGGUUAGUGACUCUGAUAAAUCUUUUACAUUAUUAAGUGCCUUAACAAAGUGCUCACAUUUAAAGAAAUUGCAUUUGGCUUCAUGUUCAUUUGGUGGGAAUAUACCGAAUUCUGUUGGUGCUCUUUCAAAAGAGUUGUACUAUUUUAGUCUUCAAGAUAAUCGUUUCACAGGAUACAUACCAGAGAGUAUUGGAAACUUGAGUAGCUUAGUCCACUUGAACUUAUCAUACAACAAUUUAGAUGGAGGAAUCCCACAAAGCCUUGGAAAGCUCGGGCAACUACAAAGGUUAAGCUUGGCAAGUAACAAAAUAGUGGGGGCAAUACCAGAUGAAAUAGGACAUAUGGCUAAUCUUGGAUUAUUGGAUCUUGGUGAGAAUUUGAUUAGUGGCUCGAUUCCACCUUCUUUUGGAAAACUUUCACAAUUGAGGUAUCUCUAUUUGUCUCAUAACAACCUUUCAGGAGAGUUUUCCAUUGAACUUACUCAAUGCUCUCGUUUAAUGUUGCUUGAUUUAUCAUACAAUCACUUCAAUGGAUAUGUUCCUUUACAGAUUAACCGUUUCUCUGACUUGUCUCUUUCACUUAACCUUUCAAAUAACAAUUUCCAAGGACAUAUACCAGAGACUAUUGGAACGCUAAUAUCUGUACUGGCAAUUGACUUUUCUAAUAAUAACAUUUCUGGUGUUAUACCAAGUUCGAUUAGUGGUUGCGUUGCUUUGGAGUAUAUGAACUUUUCUAACAACAUGCUGCAAGGUCCUAUACCAGAGUCAAUGAAAGAAAUCAAAAAUCUUGGAGUUAUGGACAUGAGUCAUAACCAAUUAAAUGGCACAAUUCCGGCUUGGAUUGGAAAUGAGCAGGUGAUCAAAACCCUCGAUCUCUCAUAUAACAGAUUAUCUGGAGAAGUUCCCAAAUAUGGUAGCUUCAACAAUUAUACCAGAAGCUCAUUUGUGGGGAAUGUGGGGUUGUGUGGUGGCUCAACACAAAUGAAACUUCCUCCAUGUAAAGUUCAGCACCAAACACGUCAGAUAAAGAAGAGAGUGAUAUUCGGUGUGAUCUUAUCAGUUACACUGAGCCUCCUUUUUCUGUUAGUUGCUUUCAUUUCAUGGUACGUUUUCUUCAAAAAAAGUUCCAGAAAGAAAGAUGAUAAGGUUACAAGUGGGAUCCCUAGCAAUUAUGGGACCAAAACUUUCACCCAAAUGGAGCUUGAAAGUGCUACAGAUGGAUUCAGUGAGGCUAAUCUUCUUGGCCAUGGGAGUUUCGGAUCAGUCUAUAAGGCUGUCAUCAAUCAAGGAAAUACUACAGUUGCUGUGAAGGUUUUCCAUAAAGAUUCUGGUCUGAGUUACCAAAGCUUAAAAAGAGAAUGUGAAAUAUUGUCCAAAAUCAAGCACAGAAAUUUAAUUAGAAUUAUAGGAUUAACUUGGACUUCACAGUUAAAGGCUCUUGUUCUAGAGUUUAUACCAAAUGGGAACUUGGAACAGCAUUUGUAUCCUGGUGGGGGGUUAGAAGAGGCAGAUUCUUGUGAACUGACAUUGGAGGAAAGAUUGUCUAUAGCCAUAGAUGUUGCCAAUGGGCUGGAGUAUCUUCAAGAGGGCUAUCCUACUCAAAUAGUACACUGUGAUUUGAAACCACAAAAUGUGCUUCUUGACAAUGAUAUGGUGGCUCAUAUAGCAGAUUUUGGAAUUGGAAAGCUUCUUUUAGACAAACCAAAUGGAGAAGAAGCUAGCACAACAAGUUUCCUAAGAGGAACAAUUGGUUAUAUUCCCCCAGAGUAUGGACAAAGGACUCAAGUAUCAACCAAAGGGGACAUAUAUAGCUUUGGUGUUAUGUUGCUAGAGAUGAUUACACGAAAACGUCCCACAAGCAGUUUGUUUUUAGAUGGGCUUGAUCUAAGGAAAUGGGUGGUUUCUGCAUUCCCAAACGACAUUAUGGAUGUUAUUGACAUCACACUGAAACAACAAGCAAGCAUAGGAGGAUUAGUUGGCAGUGUAGAGAGGGUUGAGCAAUGUUGUUAUCGUUUGGUUCAAGUUGCAUUGUUAUGUACAGGAGAGAACCCUCAUGAAAGACCUCUCAUGUCUUCAGUUGUGAGUAAGUUGUUGAGUAUUUCGAGGGAACUGAGAUUUGAAGCUCCAUUGUCCAAACACAAGGAAAGAGCUACAAUCCCUGGACUUUGUGAGUCUAGUGAUCAAUCCUGAUAUGGGUGAAAUCAAUUACGGGACUUUUUAGAGCACUACUGUUUAGCCUAAUGAAGCAUAUAUUAUACUCUUUCAUUUGGAUAAAAAAGAUUGCAUGUAUAAAUUCUCCAAGUAUGUGUGAUGUACUACUUUUGUGAUGUACAACUGUAAAUAUAUAAGGCGUCUGAUUCCAACCCGCUUUGUA